AUGUGGGCUGAAAUCAACAAUGAGCGGAAAAAGGUGGCAUGUGGCCCCUGUAUCCGAGGUCAUCGCUCAUCAAAGUGUGACCACCGUGAUCGAGUCUUGCUCGAGGUCAGAAAACCAGGCCGGCCGCUCAGCACUUGUCCACAUCCAACAGGGUCAUGUAGCUGUGAUCGUGUAGUUAUCAACUAUACAAUCCCCAAGACUUCGGAAUGUGCCUGUCCAUCAGGACGGAAACAGACUGUAGCUUCUGCUUCGGGAUCGAGUGCGCGGGUGCAGAAGAACAGGAGGCGAAAGUCUACGGUUACGAGUGCGCUUGCGUCAGUCUCAAUAGAGAAGGCCAUCAAAGCAAAUCAAGAAGCCGAGACUGACUCUUCAUCGUUCGUGACUAGUACACCCACCAACGCCUCCUUUGCGCCAUCAGAAAGAAGCAUCAGUAACGCGGCAUCGCCACCUUCAAGUGCUAGUUCCACACCGCGUCUCCAGCCGUCGCCAUCACGGAAAGAAAGCCACGGCUCAGAUAUACGACUUCCGGACGCGCCUGCAUCGUCAGAGUCACCCCAACAGGGUGGCGGUGGCUGUUGUAGUGGUACAGCGAACAAAAUACAAGAGGCCCCAAAACCGGCCAUAGAAAAGAAGUCAUGCUGCUCUGGAUCCACCCAACCAACGCAGCAAGAUGCCUUCAUCCAGCCCGUUGCUCAGCCAAAUUUCGGUCAGCAAUUCAACCAAUACCCUCAAUUCCCACACCAGGGCCAAUACCAGACGCCACCUUUCGGAGGCAUACAUCAAAGUUUUGGCUUUAACAUGUCCACAAACAUGGGGAUGCCAGUUCCUUAUGGGUUUAAUACGCCUAUUUACAACCACAUGGCAUUCCAGCAGCAUGCGCCGUCGAUGCCAAUGGCUCAAACAGUCGAGCACAAUUGCCAAUGUGGAGAUUCAUGUAGCUGUUUCGGCUGUGCAGCACACCCGCAUAAUGCGACAAUGACCGAGUAUCUUCGCACCAUGCAUCAGUAUAUGAAUACUGGAGGGUUUGGGUCGUUCCCAGCCCCAACCUACGAUCUCCCCACCUAUCCACACCAACCAGGUUUCGGCGCAGAAGCAAACCAGUCCAUGGCAUUCAACAGUACUCCACACCCCCAACCCUUCUCACCACUUCCGAGCGGACAUCUGCCUUUUGAUGGGAACAUUUCUUCCAUGAUGGGCGUACCGAACGCCCCCGUCGACUUGGCCAAUCCCUGGGCUCAACAAAGCAGCUCCACCCCACUCCAGACACCACCAGUUGCCGGCUCACAGUACGACAUGCAACCAAAGCCCCAAGAACCGUGCCCUCCGAUGAAGACCGAAGAUUCGACCUCAAGCCCGGCGUUCCUCGAUAGUCCCAGCGAGGGUAAGGAUGAAGAGACGCCAACACUUUCGCCAUCGUCAUACUUCUGGCAAGAGCUUGUCCUGCCCGGGUGCGACGAUGCAACAGGGACAUGCCAAUGUGGCGAUGGGUGCGAGUGCGUUGGCUGCUUGACACAUGGAGGACACAACGGGGUGCCGCUAGAAGACCCCAUUGCAACCACCGGCGCGGAAGACUUCUCAAACUUCCUCAUGUCAUAA